AAUGCACUUUGGACGCGACGCGUUUUGUCUCCUGGAUGCUAUUUUUGAUUGGGUCACAUUUUUUUUUUUUUUAAUUUUUCUCCCCUUUCUUUUUCUGCUCUCUUCAUUCAAUAACAAGAAAAAAAAUGACCAAACGUCGACUUGAUGACAGUAGUUUCGCUAAUGUAUUACGACAAAAGAUAAAAGAAGACCCUAUUCAAAAGCAACAAGCAGCACAAAAUACGUUUGCACUGUUAAUGAAGGCGCAACAACCAAGAACGCAAAGAGUGAUAGCAGAACCGUCGUACGAAUACUUUAAUACUGUGCCGCUACCGACAACAAAGACAAGCAAGUGUUGUAAAUGUCAGAAUGGCAGUGUGUACGAUGCGUGUGCACAAUGUGAGGGUGCUUUUUGUAGUCAAUGUCUAGCGUCGUGUGCAGCCUGUCAGUCUGUCUUUUGCAGUACUUGUUCCGUGAUAGAUUAUUCCAUGUCAAUGGAUCAAGUGUUUUGUUUAUCCUGUCUACAACGUUAACUUUUUAUUUAUUAAUUUUAAUAUACACAUAAAAUAUUCAUUAAAAAAUAUAUGCAUUGUGCG